AUGGCAGACGAUUCAUCAUCAUCAAAAGUAAGCUUGAAGCUUCUGAUCGACUCCAAAACAAAGAAAGUUUUAUUUGCAGAAGCCAACAAAGAAUUCGUGGAUUUCCUCUUCUACAUCCUUUCUCUCCCUGUUGGUACUGUGAUCAGGCUUCUCAGCAAGAACUCGAUGGUGGGUUCACUUGGAAAUCUCUACGACAGCAUUGAAAACUUGAACGAUAUGUAUAUGCAACCGAACCAAAGCAAAGAUUCUGUUUUGAAUCCCAAUACUGUGAACUAUGGGGCCAAUGUGGCACUAUUGCCACCUAAUGAUGUCGUUCCUAAGGCUCGGAAGUUUCACAAAUGUCCUAGUCAUAAUACCUAUGUGACAGAUAAUCCUAUAGCUGUGUGUCCUAGCUGCAAUAAUAAAAUGAGCACUGAGGUGGCCUAUGUGAAAGGUAGUAAUUCGGUGAAGGAGACUGUGGAGACUGGUGGUUUUGUGAAGGGGGUGGUGACUUACAUGGUAAUGGAUGAUCUGGAGGUGAAGCCAAUGUCCACCAUAUCUAGCAUUACUUUGCUAAACAAGUUUAAUGUGAAGGAAGUUGGUGGUCUUGAGGAAAAGGUGGUUUCUUUGGAAAUGAAAGAGGGUUUGUUGUUGCUGAAGGCCUCACUGCAGUGCAAGAAUGUCCUUACGACUGCCGCUGGUGCCAUCUUCUUCCUGCAUCAUUCCUCUAGUGAAGAACUUAAUAUCCGCUUGCUAGUGAUCGGGGAAUUUGCAAUGGUGGUGCCUGCUCAUCUCACAGCUGAGGCUGUUAAUGAGCUUAGAGAAGGUAUCGAUCUGCUUCUUGGUCGAUGGAGUGCACUUCAGAUGGCUAUUCAGAACGAAUGGGGUGGACGUGACACUCGACAGAAAGCCCAACAACUUGCACUUGAUAUCUAUCACUGGCUAAUCAGACCUGCUGAGGCAUUAUAUGUAGAUGAUUUGGAGAAUUUACUUGAUGAUUUUAUGCUCUCUCUUAAUACAGAGAUCGAUGAUGGUAGCAUUGAGGAGAUAUCAGAGAAUCUAAUGAUCAUACAUGAAGAAUGUUUGAAGGUAAUUUUGGCUCAAUCGAAAGACUAAGGCAAUCUGCUUCUCAAACUGCUAAUCAUCGCAUGCAGGUUGUGACUGGUGAUGAUGAUGAUGAUGAUGAUGAUUCAGCCUCAAGUUCAGGGGAUGAUUCCAUGGAUAUGGAAGAUGGUGUUGACCAUUUGACUGUUGGUGAACCAGGGAGGGGCCCCGCACCAAUGGUUGAUGCUGAUGGCUGGACCGUGGUCUCUUCUAGAAGAAAUAGAGGAGGGACGCACUAAGCUUGUGUUUAUUUAAUAAAUAUAUUAUUAUAUAUAUUUACAGAAGUCAUUUUUGGAAAAGAGUAUGAUUCAUAUACAAAGUCUUGAUUUUGUUCUUUGUUAGUGGGGAUAGAUUUUUUUUUUUUUUUAUUUAGGUAUUAUAAGA